AGAAAAUUGAGUUUAACUGAAAACGUACUCGCAUGUUCUGGUCAAACCCAGGCAAGAAUUCCCUGAUGCUGCCAAGUGCCAGGAUAAACAAGGACAUUGCUGGUACACUUGCCGUGGUAUUGAAUUGAGCACGCCAUUUGUUUAUGGAAUAAACAAGAGAUCGCCGGACAUGUUGCCAUGGCGCCGUCUGAUCGGACAGUUCAUCGCCGGGCAUUUUUUAUGGCUGGAUCCAACAGCUUCCCAGCAUGCAAAUCUGCAUAAAUGUACAUGCUCAUUCAGACAGUUGCGUGUCCACAGCAUCUCGCAAAGUCUCAUCGGCUUACAUCUCUUCUGCCUCCAGUGCUAGUCAUCUCUCUUCCUGUUCCUCCUGCUCGCGUUUCUUCUUCUUCUUCUUCUUCUUCUUGUUGCCAUGGCCAGCCUCGUGCACCAGGCGUCCAUGCCGGCGAGGGCGAUGCCGGCGUGCGACGAGGAGCUCGUCCCGCAGGGCUUCAGCUGCUUCGGGCGCUCGCUGUCUCGGGCGUCGUCGUCGAGCCGGCUCGAGUACAGGGCGCUGCAGCAGCAGCAGCAGCAGGAGCAGGGCGAGGAGAGGUGCGCCGCGCAGGACGCGUGGUCGGCGCGCGCCAAGCUGCGGUGGAAGGCCGUGGCGCACGAGAUCAUGGCGAAAGGCGGUGGCGGCGGCGCGCGGCGGAGGAAGCAGCAGCUCGCGGCGUUCAGCUACGACUCCAGGAGCUACGCGCUCAACUUCGACCAGGGCGCCGCCGAGUAGCAGCUGCAGCAGCGUGUCUGCACGCGGCCGGCCGACCCGGCGAAUGGUGCGGGUCGGCAGAGCCUGAAACAGCACGGUGGCGUGUGCGUGGGUUCGUGCACGGCGACAGGUCGGCGAGGGAGCAGGCGGCUGUUGAUGAUGCCGUCCGCUGCGGAGGUGGAGGACGGCAGGACGCGAUCGUGGCGCUGCGCAAGGAGGGCGACAUGCCGUCGAACAUCGCGGCACGGUGCUCCGCGUCCUCCUCUGGUGCUUAACGUUUCUGCAGUGUUGAGAAAUGCAGUGGGGAUCACCGUAGCAGGCUGUGAGGAGUGAAAUAGCUAUUGCUAGCUGUUGUGGGAACGUUGCAAGGAAAAUUGUUUGCAAAUUUUGUUUAGAGUUUGUGACAUCACUGUUUUUUCCCCCCAUUUAGGAGUGAAAUAAACCAUCCGGGAAUUGUUGUCGCAUGUACGCUGCCGGUUUGCCUUAAUGCUGCAUGAUUUUCAAUCCAGUUGGAUGCUUGAUCUGAAUGGAUUGCAGGUAUCUCUGCACUCUUGCUGUU